CAUCUUGGUUCAUUGAGGAACAACUCAUCUUUCUUGGCUCAGUACAGUGCGGAACGACUGCUGCGACAGGAUUCCUAGCGACCAAGCCAUUACAGUUUCAAAGUCACUAGACGGUUGUCCCAGCUGCUGUCGGAGAAUAAUGGCCAACACGAAUCAAUUCUUGAUGCUGGCAAGCAUGCUCGUCGUCUCCUGUUGGAGCGGAGUGAGUGUGGCAUUUUCGUCCGGAGCACCAGCAUUUGUCUGUGACAGCAUGAUGCCAGGGCAUGGUGUGGCAGCGUUGGCAGGCGAUGGUGGAUGCAAUCUUAGAUUUGCUGGCCACAUCAGCGAGGGUAACAAGCAGCAACUUACUCUGGAGUGCGGUGGCCGGGAAUUCUCCGGGUACUUCAUCCAGUGUCGAUCGGGAAGCGAUACUGGGGAGGCUGUUGGGCAGUUUACCGCGCCAGCUGGGAGUACAACGCGUUCAUGCAGUGGACGCACUGAUAGUGGAGUGUCACACUCGUCCGGUGCAAGAAAGACGUCAGUCACGCUCGACUGGCAAGCAGACAGCACGGCGUGUGCCUCCACAGUACAGUGCCGUGCUACCGUGGUAUUUUCAUUCCCAGUCUACACAACGCAAGUGCGAGCCACACCAGCCAUGUGUACCGAGCCGACAACCCCACCGCCGAGCUGUCCUCAAAACCAGGUCUUCAGUACGUGUGGCUCGGCGUGUCCCGACACCUGUGAUGGAUCACUAAACCUCUGUGCGGAUGUGUGCUUGACGGGCUGCUUCUGCGCCGAGGGGUUCGUCAAACACGAGGGGCAAUGCAUCCAGCGCUCAGCGUGCCCUGUUGAAGUCACAACCAUGCCUGCCGAACCCACGGAGGAAACAACCAUGCCUGCCGAACCCACGGAGGAAACAACCAUGGCUGCCGAACCCACAGAGGAAACAACCAUGGCUGCCGAACCCACAGAGGAAACAACCAUGGCUGCCGAACCCACAGAGGAAACAACCAUGGCUGCCGAACCCACUGAGCAGACAACAGAAACAGAAAUCAAAACAGAAACCACUACAGCAAAUCUGCGCUGUCCUACCAACGAAGUCUUCAGAGACGUCAUUGCUGCCUGCCCGGAGACGUGUGAUGGAGGGCAGCGCGGUGUCUUUGCUUUGUGCGUGCCGGGUUGCUACUGUGCUGGGGGACUGGUUCGGCAUGGUGGUGAAUGUAUCGACCGAUCGGCAUGUCCUCCUCCUCCCCAGGAGGCUGAAGAAGAACAGAUGGAGUGGAACGGCGAGUGUCCAGCACAGAGAGAAUGCGGUCACUUCGACGAGAUCGGCGGUGUGGAGGGUCAGUGCUGCCCAUCGUGCAACAAGAACAUCUCUCAGUGUGCCGGCACCCAAUGCCCGGCCAUCGUGGGAUGCAGAAGGUAUGAGAAAAGAGUGCGCUCCGGUGAGUGCUGUCUGAGAUGCAGACGCUACAGACGCACCGACAACAUCAUCCCAGGUGCUGUAUGCGCAAAUGUUAUCUGCGCGAAGGGAAUGACGUGUACAAACAGUGAAGGAAGAGCCACGUGCACAUGCAAGUCCUGCCCGAAUGUAACCGAUCCGAGUGCGCAAGUCACCGGCAAGGAUGGCAACACCUACGCAAGCGUUUGCCAUCGCCUGCGACAAGCAUGCAUGACUUGCAUGGACGUCUAGGUGUUUCGAGAACUGGUCUUCAACUGUCGACCCCCCCCCCCCCCCCAAAUAUUUCUGUUGAUAUAUCCAACUAAAUGUUUCCUAGCAGGUUCCUACAUCUAUUCGCCUUAAAAUGACUUUCAGCAUACCUUCCCAUAAUCCCAGAAUCCUAAAAUGGCUAAGUUAAUGUAAGCACCUUGACCUGAUACAUUGCUCAAUCCGGAACACAAUCCGGUACAUUAGAUAAUUUUCUAAUAUCAGCCCACUACAUUUUCAUAUUUCACCCCGUGUUUUAGUGGCUCUUGGCUAGAUUGAACUGGGUACAAUGAUUCUAUGAAUGUCAGCCAGCCAGGUAAACAUCACUCAUUAAACAUCCAGUGUUUAAAACACCACACUUUCAUUAUGUUGGUAACAUCCACCACAAGCAAUGGACUCAUGGAUGCCGAAAGCUGUAA